AGCAUUGAGCUUAAUGUCUGCCAUAGCGUCGAUAGCGUCACGUCACAUCAAAACAGUCCGCGAGCUUAUCCACACGUCCUGUAUAUUAUCGAGAACGAACUCAGAUUAAUCAAAGAAGAUUAUUAAGAGGAAUCGUAAUGUCGCAAGGAAGAGGUAGGAGAAAUCGCAAGCAUCAUGAUAAAGAGAAAAUAAUCAAUCUUGGUGACAAAGGCAGAGAGGUGAUGGAGGACAUAAAUGAGAACAGUCAAGUAAUACAACAGUUCCAUGAGUAUGCGGCUGAACUAGAUGCCAAGCAUGAUCGUUAUGAAAGAAUCUUCAAGAUCAAUCGGGAUGUAGGCAUCGAGAGUAAAAGAAUCAUCUUUCUGUUACACACUAUCGAUAAGGAGAGUAAACGAAAUGCUGUGCUGGACACAGCUAAAACAAGAUUAGAUAAUGUAGUACAGAAGUUAUUUCGAAAUAUCGCAACCGAGUUGGACGGACAGGACGCUUACCAGUUCCACAGAGCUUAUCGCGCCGGCAUAGAAGAAUACAUAGAGGCGCUGACAUUCCAUGAAUAUCUGCAGAAUGGUGAUAUGCAAGAUUGGUCAGCUUUGGAAAAAGCACUGACGUAUCACACAACUUCAUCUCCAACCGAUUCGUCGGAACAGAGUACUUCCAAGAUGAUGCAGGUCAUGGUCACGCCAACAGACUAUAUUUUGGGAAUAGCCGAUCUGACCGGAGAGCUGAUGCGAAAGUGUAUCAAUAACUUGGCGAUAGGGGAUGUGAGCAGUUGUUACCAAACGUGUAACUUUGUCAGAAAGAUAUACAUAGCCUUCUUGGGCUACACCAGUGUAGUACAUAACAACGAAGUAAAUAAGAAAAUUAUCACGCUCAAGCACAGUUUGACCAAAAUGGAAAAUGCGUGUUAUACUAUCAAAGUACGGGGAUCCGAAAUACCAAAGCACAUGUUAGCGGAUGUGGCCAUUGCAGCAGCUGAGGAAUAUGCCGCUGAUGACGAUGAGGGAUAUCAGGCAUUUUAAUACACGACAGCACAAAUUCCUUUUAACAUAGAUUAUUUAAUUAUUUUUUAAUUAUUUGGAUUUAUCAAUCUGAUGCGAGAUAAAAGUAAUCGAUAGUAUUUUAUACAGCUAACAGUAUUGAAUCGAAAAUUAAUUAGUA